AUGGAGAGAGCGAUAAGAAACUGCAUCAAAAAGAAGCCUUUGUUAGCCGCGUUUCUUGGCGAGUGCAUGGGAGUCUUCGUCCUUUGCGCACUAGGCAACUCAUCAGUGGCUCAAAAUAUCAUGAAUGGUGCAUAUUUUAUCGACAUCAACUUUGCUUACGGCUUCGCAUGCGCUUUUGGUGUUUAUGUUUCCGCUGCUGCCUCCGGAGGGCAUAUUAAUCCAGCGGUGACGAUCACAGAAGUUAUUCUCGGGCGCAUGAGCGUUGGAACUGCACUUGUGUAUAUUUGCGGCCAGUUCUUGGGCGGCUUUUUAAGUGGAAUUCCCGUAUAUUUCGUUUACGGACAGUACUUGAAUCUUGUUGAGCAAGAACAAGGAGUUUCUGCAGUAGCUGGAGUUUAUUGUACCUAUCCGACAACGUAUCAAGUCAAACCAGACCCGUCACAACCCAUACUAGUAGUGGAAGAACCCACUACAGGAACGCUAUUUGCUGACCAACUUUUCGGAACAAUGUUUCUUGUGUUUAUCGUCUCAUCCAUCACCGACGGUCGAAAUUCCAAGCCGCAUUCUGGCUUUGUACCUCUUUUGGUCGGCAUGGUUGUUAUGGCCAUCGGUCUCUGCUUUGGCUCAAACUGUGGAUACGCCAUCAACCCUGCCCGAGAUCUCGGCCCUCGACUUUUCUCUGCGAUGCUUUAUGGGGACUAUGUUUUCACUGCAGCUGAAUACUUUUUCUGGAUACCGAUUGUUGCUCCGAUCAUAGGAUCCUUUUUGGGGGGAUUUCUAUACUUGGUCUUGAUCAGCGCCCAUUUACCGGAUCUCCAAGAAGAAGAAAGCUUAGAUGACCUUCCAGAGAAGAAAAGAGUAUCAAUAAAUUCUGUUGGCGAUGAUUUCUAA